AUGUCUUGUGAAGUAAAAGUUCUCGCCAGCAUUGACAACUUUACCGAAGUGCAGGAACAGUUCGGUUUGAGUUCGGAAGAAAACUGGCUGAAUGCAGUUUGCUACUCGUUAUCUCCCGCUGGAGACAUUCUGGCACUAGGGCACGGAUCGAUUCUGGUAGUAUUGGCCUCUCGGUGGGAUCGACAGCGGCAGCUCAAUGUCUACAAAAUAGCAUGGCGGGGAGCGAUCGAUAGCUCCAGUUGCAUCAUCACCAGCAUACUCUGCACGCCCAUCGUUGGCCAGGGCCAGAGCUCGCAGACAAUAGUCGACUUUAGUUACAUCAUUGUGGGGCUCGACGAUGGACAGGUGUUGUUUUACGGUGAAAACGGUACGCUCAUUCACUCGCAGAUUUUCCAUCAGGAACCGAUACAAGCCAUCAAGGCACAAAGCGGAAAACAUAUCAACGAAGAGCUCUACGUGCUGUACCCUUCCUGUAGUGUAAUUUUACAGGGCGCACAGGUAUUCCCUUUGUUGCGCAGCUUACGACAACAGAUCAAUCGUUACGGUGCCGGUAGUCCGAAGGUGAAUGAAGCACAGGAAACAAUUGCUUGUCGCAAAUGGAGUUACGAAAAGGGCAUGACGAUAGUGGAUGCCGCAGUCGUUGGACCGCAGAAGAGUUGCACCUUCGAUCAUCUGUUAACGGCCAGCUUGGAAGGUGGGUUCUUCGCGAAAUACAGACAUGCGGCUCCGCAGAACUCGCUGAUAAUUGCUGCCGGUAGCAAACCAUACGUAGGCUUUCAUUACGCCAAGGAAGGAUUUACGCAACCGGUAUUGGCGGAUGUGGCGAGAGCUGUAGCUAGCAAAAUUAAAUCUGCCUUACCUUCGUGGCUUGGCGGUGGUGGUGCUUCCGCUCAACAACAAACUGCCGCAGAACCCCAACUGCCUCCUUCAGAACCGCUAAUAUGCAGAUUCGGAUUAUGCGAUUUGCAACGAAAUGCAUUUGCCGUGUGGCUUGCGCCGAACUACCAGCUGGCAGCCGUUGCGGAUCACCUUGGGCGCAUUAUCCUUGUCGACUGCCAGCGCGGAAUCGCUUUGCGCAUUUGGAAGGGAUAUCGUGAUGCGCAGUGCGGAUUUGUGGAGGUAACAGAGAAGCUACCGAAGGAAUCUUCCUCUUCCUCCACCGUAGGCGCAGGUCGAAAGAUGGAUCGUCAAAAAGCAUUGUUUCUUGUUAUUUAUGCUCCGCGUCGUUCGGUAUUAGAGAUAUGGUCCCUCCGUUCUGGUGGUCCAAAGGUGGCCGCCUUUAGUGCAGCUAAGAACGGCCAGCUGAUAUACAACACCCACAGCCAGAUGGGAGUGACAAGUGGUUCAAGCAAGAUUAAGUACACUGGCCACGGAUGCACCUUUUUCGAUCCGUCCGAUAGCAGUUUGAAAGAGAUCGUGAUACCAUUUCACUGUGCAUUAAGUGAUUCUAAGUCAACACUAGCCAAAGAUCUGCAUUUGCUAAAGCGAUUAAAAGUUUGUUUGAAAUCGGGUGAUGGUAGCGAGUCGGAAGAGUUGGAAGAAAUGACCGACAUGUGUCGGUGUUUCGAGACGGAUGAAGUGCGCCUUCAGUGUGUAGAAAUGUUGGCUAAGCAGCGCAAAAUUCGUCCCAAACUGUUCGCAGCUGUGGUGGAUAUAUUUGCCGAAGUUUCAGUUGAAGGAUCAAUCACGAACACUACGAUCGGUCCAUCGGAAGCAUCGGUACUAAUGGAUGACGAACUCGGUGAUGAUCAGGAAACACAAUCGAUCUGCUUGGCGCCUGGCAAAAGCCCACUUCGUGUGGUGUGUGAGAAUUAUCAAAGAUUAGUCAUGUUUUAUCUGCAUCUACACGGAGAUAAGCCCACGAUCGAGCAUGGUGAUAAAGCCAGAUUGCAGGCGGACAAGAGCGAAGAGAAAUCGAUGGACGGUUCCGAAUCCGAUGAGAAGAUUGUUUUCAGUAAGGACGAGGAAAAGAAAAUGAAUGUACAACUUUCCGAUCAGGAACUUACGGUGAUCGAGCAGUUGAUUGAACUGAUUAGGAUGAACGAGGGUGAGGGACUACAGACGGGUCAGAACGUUACAGUUGGGACCGUAAGCAGUACGGCUUCGAAAGGCGUUAAGUUCGACGAGAGUGCAAGUUCAGGUGUCCGUAAUUCCAGCUUCAUGGAGUACCUUUCUUCGUUCAACGUUACCAAUGAGGAUCUUAUUCUGUUGCGUGACGAUAACGGUGGCAGUACACAUGCAAGUUUAGGGAAGAUCAUUUUUGAAAAGCUCUAUCGAACGGAUUCGAACCGUUUGGUUGGGUUCGUGGAUGCGGCCGAGGCGUGCAGUCUUAUGCCCGAGGAUUUGCUGCGUACAUUCCUCGCAUACUGGCUACGGUUACCGUUCAACUACAACGAUAUUUCCACACUGAUUGAAGACUUGACGCAAUUUAAUGCGGUGCUGCAUCAGAUAUGUUUGCUGGCACGAGAUAAAAUCCUGUUCGAAAAUAAUGCCAUCUGUUUGUGGUGGCAAUCGGUGCGAGAAUAUUUGCUCGAGUCACCAUGUGCAUUGCGUGGGCUACUAGCAGCAUUGAUGUGUCGCAACGAAGCCCUACGGCAUGAAACACGUCGCCGAAGCGAUGAGGAGCAGAUCACGAGUGAACAGUUUGAGCAAGUGUCGCAGGAAGCGUGUCAGUGGAUGCUGUUGAUCUACAAACUAGAGGACGUAGCUAUUCUUGGGAAGAUUCUAGUAGAAAACAUUCGAUGCCGAAACCCACGCUGGCCUACUCUGAAAUAUGAAAAACCGAUCGUUAGCCUCAAGGAAAUUUUAACCGGUGGCAAAGGCAUAGUGUCGGAAUUAGUUGCGAAAUGGGUAUCCUCGACUGGAAUCGAUCCGCCAAUGUUAGUAAUCGAGGUGCCACAGGAAGCAACGGAAAUCGACCCGAAGCCGGUGGCCGGAGAAGCUUCUCCCGAGAAGGAAUCCGAGAAGAACAACAGACGCGAACGGAAUCGACGGUUAGCGUUGAUGAAGGCAAAUCUGUUGCUGACGUCUGAGUAUGGACCGUCUGCAGAGGAUAACGAACAAGAAGAGCUUGAUCCGGUGCUGUAUAACUUGAACAUUCUUCGGCUGCACUUUCCCUUUAGUCUCGAUUCUGGUCAGCUGCUGGCGCAGCUCGCCUGGGAGUACAUUGGAGCGUGGAGUAGAAAUAUGGCAAAUGUGGCCUGUCUGCAAGCUGGGCUUGCAUCGCUCAAAGCUAUCCCACGAUUGCAGUACUCGAUUAAACACGGUCUCUGCUGUAUGAUAUGGAACGCGCAUCUCAAAAUUCCACUCGAAGCCACAAAGAAGCUGGUCAACAAAGUGGGUCGGCUGCCGAAGGAGAAGCUCUGCCUGCAGGAUAUCGGUAUCAGUGAUGCACUUGUGCCACAGUUUCUUGAAUGUUGCCUCGCAUUUUUCGAACAGUUUGCUGGCAGCAUCGACCACGACAAGCUGGAGCUACGUUUCGAGGAUCUGUUGCAGGAAGGACCUGUACCGUUAACGACGCUAGCUACACAACAAUCGUCAGCGAAUAUGGCUUUGUUAAAAUUACAUCAGGAACUUGCGACGGUUCUGCUGAUACUGACGUCGUUCCAUGUGCGCUACGCCAAUAAGCCCAUCCAGCAGCUGUUCGACGGGAUGUCGAAUCAGGCAUUUUUUUCAGAAAUAAAUCGCCAACAGAGCACUACGAAUGCGCUACCCAAGGCGGACCAACUGCUGCGAAAAACGCGACUAGAGUUUCUGUGCCGCACGGUAACGGCAACAAUGGAACUGAUCCACGAGGAUUUGGAAACCGUGUACUAUACGGACCAUAACAGCUGGAUGGACACGAUCGAGCGGCUUGCAGAUGGGUGGGAACUCGAGUUUGGUGACAUUCGCAAGCAUCAGAUAAUCGAACUGUAUGCUUAUGGAUGGGACACAUACGCACACGAGCUACUGGAGAACGUUAUUCCGGACCAAACGUUCUCCAACCUGUUGCUAACGAUAGCGGGUAGACGUUUGGCACUAUACACCAAGGCGAAUCCGACGGCCUGGGGACAGAUCGCUGCCGUCGGUCCACUGCUCACCGACUAUCUCGAUACGCUCGUAAGCAACAACAAUUACGGACCACCGCUGCGUUCCGUCGAGACAGACGAAACCACGCUGGCAACGGCGGCUGGCAGUGAUUUGUUUAUCGAAAAGAUAACGAAACUAACCGAGAAAGCCUUCAACUGCCUGUCGACGGUGGCAGUCAACGCGAAGGGCACCUCCAAGGAAUUACGUGUUGCCGGCUUAAUAUUUGACGCUUGCGCCACCAUCAAAGACCAUCGACAUUAG